AUGGCCAGCAGAAUGAUAUGCUUGGCUCUAGGAUUUCUUGCAUUUUUAUGGGCUGAAUUGGGAGCUCAAGACAAAACAACGGAGGAACACCAAUGCAGGUUGAUGGCCAAGUUUAAUUUGUCUGGAUAUGUAGAUGCCAAAAACCAUUCACUUGUUAUUGCAGGACUGUUUCCUAUUCACUCCAGGAUCAUCCCUGUAGAUGAAUCUAUUUUGGAGCCAGUAUCACCCAUGUGUGAAGGGUUUAACUUCCGGGGAUUCCGGUGGAUGAAAACCAUGAUCCACACUAUCAAGGAGAUUAAUGAGAGGAACGACAUUUUGCCCAACCAUACUCUGGGCUAUCAGAUCUUUGACACCUGCUAUACCAUCACUAAAGCAAUGGAGUCAGCUUUAGUGUUUCUUACAGGGCAAGAAGAAUUCCAGCCCAAUUUUAGAAACAGCACUGGAUCAAUUUUGGCAGCAAUGGUUGGAGCGGGGGGAUCGUCCUUGUCAGUUGCAGCUUCAAGAAUUCUUGGGUUGUAUUACAUGCCUCAGGUGGGCUAUACUUCUUCCUGCUCAAUUCUUAGUGACAAAUUCCAGUUUCCUUCUUAUCUUCGUGUAAUACCCAGUGAUAAGAUCCAGUCUGAGGCCAUGGUGAAUCUUAUCAAACACUUUGGUUGGGUCUGGGUAGGCGCUAUUGCAGCUGAUGAUGAUUAUGGAAAAUAUGGAGUAAAGACAUUUAAGGAAAAAAUGGAGACUGCCAACCUCUGUGUUGCUUUCUCUGAAACCAUUCCCAAGAUCUACUCCAAUGAGAAAAUGCAAAAGGCUGUCGAUGCAGUAAAGACUUCCACUGCCAGAGUCAUUGUGCUUUUUACCUCUGACAUUGAUCUCAGCCCCUUUGUGCUGGAAAUGGUUCAUCAUAACAUAACUGACAGAACCUGGAUAGCCAGUGAAGCCUGGAUUACCUCAGCCCUCAUUGCAAAGCCCGAGUACUUUCCAUAUUUUGGUGGAACUAUUGGAUUUGCAAUACCAAGAACCAUUAUACCAGGAUUGAAAGAAUUUCUUUAUGAUAUACAACCUAGAAAGGAUCCAAAUGAUGUCUUGACAAUUGAAUUCUGGCAAACUGCUUUUAACUGUACCUGGCCCAAUAGCAGUGUGCCUUACAAUGUGGAUCACAGAGUGAAUAUGACAGGCAAAGAAGACAGAUUGUAUGACAUGUCUGAUCAGCUCUGCACUGGGGAGGAGAAGCUGGAAGACCUGAAAAAUACCUAUCUGGAUGUGUCUCAGCUCAGAACCACAAACAAUGUCAAACAAGCUGUGUAUGCUAUCGCUUAUGCCCUGGAUGGCCUCAGCAGAUGUCAAGAGGGACAUGGGCCAUAUGAUCCAAAUAACACUUGUGCGUAUAUACCUACCUUUGAGUUCUGGCAGCUGAUGUACUAUAUGAAGGGAAUUAAAUUUAAAACGCAUGAUGGAAAAUGGAUAGUUCUGGAUGAAAAUGGAGAUGUACUACAUGGACACUAUGAUAUCUUAAACUGGCAAUUAGACGACAAUGGAGAAAUUUCCUUUGUGACAGUUGGGAAAUUCAACUUUAGAGCUACUAAGUUUGAGCUCUUUAUUCCAAAUAAUUCUUCAAUAUUUUGGAACACUGAGUCAUCAAGGCUUCCCUACUCAGUCUGCACACAUGUGUGUCCUCCAGGGACCCGGAAGGGGAUUCGCCAGGGGGAGCCCAUAUGCUGCUUUGAUUGCAUCCCGUGUGCUGAUGGAUAUGUGUCAGAGAAACCAGUUUUUGAAAUAGUUUCAAGACUAACCAUAGUUGGAGAAGAGUCACCCGCUUGUUUUCAGGUUCUCAGCACUGAGAGCACAUGCAUUGCACAGCUGCUGCUGCAUGAACUCCUGCAACAGCUGGUUCAGCACACUCCCUUGGUGAAGGCCAAUGACCGGGAGCUGAGCUUCCUCAUUCAGAUGUCUCUGGUCAUCACAGUGCUCUCAUCCAUGCUCUUCAUAGGCAAGCCAUUGAACUGGUCCUGCAUGGCCCGCCAGGUCACUCUGGCACUAGGCUUUUGCCUUUGUCUGUCUUCCAUUCUCGGAAAGACUAUCUCACUCUUUUUUGCCUACAGGAUUUCCAAAUCCAAAACCAGACUUAUAUCCAUGCACCCCAUUAUUCGAAAACUCAUAGUGCUGAUCUGUGUUUUAGGGGAGAUUGGUGUAUGCUCAGCUUACUUGCUGUUGGAUCCUCCGAGAAUGUACAAGAACAUUGAACCUCAAAAUGUAAAGAUCAUCUUUGAAUGCAAUGAAGGCUCUAUAGAGUUUCUGUGUUCCAUAUUUGGGUUUGAUGUCCUUCUGGCCUUACUGUGUUUUCUUACAACCUUUGUGGCUCGCCAGCUGCCAGAUAACUACUAUGAAGGGAAAUGCAUCACUUUUGCAAUGCUGGUCUUUUUCAUUGUCUGGAUCUCUUUUGUCCCUGCUUACUUGAGCACCAAAGGCAAAUUCAAAGUGGCCGUGGAAAUAUUUGCCAUUUUGGCAUCCAGCUAUGGCUUGUUAGGCUGCAUAUUUCUUCCCAAGUGCUUCAUUAUUUUGCUGAGGCCAAAGAGGAAUACUGAGGAGACUGUGGGUGGGAGAGUCCCCACUGUAGACAGGAGCAUCCAGUUGACCUCAGCUUCUGUGAGCAGUGAGCUUAACAACACCACAGUGUCCACUGUUCUGGAUGAGUAG